AUGUUUCGUGACCUCGUAGAGGACGCCCUACAAUUACGGAUUUCACUAAAGAGUAAGGAGGAAAUAGAUAGUGCAGUCUUGGCAUUUACGAGAGUGGUGCAGGAUUCAUGCUGGAGGAGUUCUGAGGGAGUGGCUCAGAAAAAGACCAGACGGCUCUCUGUACCCCACGAAAUUCAGGACAUGAUCCUGGAGAAGAGAAGAUUACGUAGAGUGUGGCACAAUAGUCGUCAUCCCGAUGACAAAACAGCACUAAACAUCUACGCUAAACACCUUAAACAGGCUAUAAAAGAAAAUCUAGAUGCUACUAUUGAGGAAAACCUGAUGUCGUUAACAGCUACAACAGACACCGACUACUCUCUCUGGAAGGCAUGCAAAAAUCUGAAUCAACCCGCAAACCCUAAACCACCUAUAAGGCUAGAUAGAAACAAGUGGGCUAGGUCUAAACUAGAAAAAGCAAAUGCUUUUGCUAACCAUCUGGCUAAAGUAUUUGUUCCAAAUGAAGCCACUCCUGGGUCAGAUGAGGCAGAAAUAGAUGACAUUCUCCAGCAGGAUUUCCAAUUGCAUUUGCCCUUGAAGAUAGUAACACCAAGGGAGGUACAAUGA